UCUGAUUCACGUUGCUGCCGUCAUUGCACGUCUGUGUUUUUCUCUUUGUCUGUUUUUGGAUGCUCUUGCCGAGAAACAGGAAACCUGCCUCGUUGUUGAAUUUGCCGAUGGUGUUGAAGGAUCAGAUAGCUGUUGUAAAGCGCUUCACCGGCGGGGGGACCGUGGUGGUAGAUGAAAGCACGCUCUUCGUCAGCCUCAUUUGCUCAAGCACAGCAAUUCCCAACGUCCCAUGUUUUCCGCGACCUAUCAUGGAAUGGACGGAGGAGGUGUACAGCCCAGUGUUUGAAGGGGCACCAGGCUUCCGACUCCGAGAGCAUGACUAUGUGUUCGGAGACAAGAAGUUUGGAGGUAAUGCGCAGUCCAUCACAAAGCAGCGAUGGGUUCAUCAUACCUCAUUCCUGUGGGACUUCAAGGAUGAGCGCAUGCAGUACUUACUUCAACCAGGAAGAGCUCCUGAGUACAGAAAGCUGGACCGAGAAGAUUACCGGUACCAUCUCUCCAAGCCCUGGCCUAUCCCCUUACCCCGUGGAUGUGCACCUUCACCCUGGUCUGGAACUAGUACCACCCCCUACAGCAAGGAGCAAGAGGAGAGAGCUGCCGCUAUCCUGCGAGAGAGGACGGAGAGAAUGGAGAAGAGGGAACUGAUUAAGCAGGCCAAGAUGCUGGCCCUACUGGAGGAGCAAGAGGCAAAGACGAGGCAGAUGGAGGAAGAGUUGAAGAAAUGGACAAAGGAACAGGAGGAGAAGAUGACAGCCAUACAAGCGGAGGUGGAGAAAGAAGAAGAAGAAGAAAAGCAAGUGGAAGAAGAAGUACCGUUGGAAAGAAGAAGAGGUGGAGUCAGUACAAGCAAGGAGGAGGAGAUUGAAAAGACCACAUAAGAAUGGACCGCACAUUUGGAGCUGGGAGAAGAUAGGGAGGCCGAGUUGGCCAUACCCCA